AUGGCCUCGCUUCCUAUCCCCCGCCGCUACCGCACAGUGAUCUAUAUUCCUUCAAAGAACGACGAUUGCCUUCUCGAGGUCUGUCUGUCCAUCCCAACAACAGUCUCCUCGCAACCUCACGCCUACACCGGCGUUGUCAUAGCUCAUCCUUAUGGGCCUCUCGGCGGGUCAUAUAACAACAAUGUGGUCGGCGCCCUCUUGCAGUGGUUUGAGACAUAUUCGCUGACGGCCAUGAGCGAGGACCUUGUCGCGUCGACCUCUUCAUCCUCCCUCGUAUCAGCCAAAUCCUCGACGAAAAACAGCGCCGGUUCGAACCAGCAGCAGCAAAACACGGAUCCCAUGGAAGCCGAGCCUGCCACCGCAGCUCCGUCACGUAAGAAGGGCUCCAGCCCCCAAACCGUGCCCUUGUCGUGUGUAAUUUGUGCGUUCAACUUUCGAGGUUGUGGCAGGUCGAAGGGCAAGACAUCUUGGUUUGCAGAAGCAGAGCGCGAUGACUAUCAGACAGUGGUCGAUUUUCUACAGAGCGGCUCCUACGCUAGAAAUAGCCAUCUGGGCAAGACUGAGGAUCGAGAUGCAAGCGGCACAAAUGCAUCAGCAGCUUGGAAUGGAAAGGUAUUCGACGAGACUGGUCGUCAAGUUGAUACACCGCGACUUCCUUUCCUGUCUCGGUUUAUCCUCAGCGGCUUUUCAUUUGGCGGGCUGAUCGCAUCCACCAUCCCUCCACCACUCAGGAAUCCUACAGACCCAACCAGCGGACAUUUGCCCACGUCAUAUAUUCUGGUCAGCUACCCCGCAGGCGUGGCCUGGCUCUUGACAUCAGGCGCACAAGGCUCCUUCUACAAGCGAGCUCGAGCCAUUCUUCAAGGAGAAUUCCCCGCAUCACCAUCCUCAUCAUCAAAUGAUCAGGGGGUCGCCGAGACAGCUGCAGAAGGAAAGAAGAAAUCCACCGUGGAGGCGUACUUUAUCACAGGUGCACAGGAUCAGUUCACUAGCCCAAAAACACUUCUUUCCUGGCUUCAGACGAAUACGGGCUUGAAUUCACCCAAGCAAGCCGAAGGUGCGCGCUCGUGGACCCUGAAGCGACCAGAUGGAGCCAUUCAUUUGGAUGUAGUGGAGGGUGUAGAUCAUUUCUGGCUGGAUCGUGAGCAGGAGUUGCUGGAUAAGCUGCAGAGAUGGUGGACAGAGUCGCAUCCAACGAGGUCGUCCUCGACCUAA